AUGCCCGCAAACCAAGCGUUGAGCGACGACCAGGUCGCUGGCGAACUCCAGAAGAUGGUGGAGUUUAUUAAGAAAGAGGCUGAUGAGAAGGCCAAGGAGAUCGAGUUGAAGGCCAACGAGGAGUACGAGAUUGACAAGGCCACUGUUGUGAGGUCCGAGACCGCCUCGAUUGAUCAUUUGUAUGAGCGUAAAUACAAGCAAUCCGAGCUGUCGCAACAGAUUGCCAAGUCCACUAUUGCCAACCAGAUCCGUUUAAAGGUUCUUCGUGCUAAAGAGGAUGCACUCAGCGAGAUUCUUGAAGAGGCUGCUCAAAAGCUCAAGACUGUUGCUAAUGAUAAAGCCAAGUACGAGACAGUUCUUGAUGGAUUGAUCCAAGAAGGUCUUUUUGCGCUUAUGGACGAUAAAAUUAGUUUAAGAGUUCGUGAGGCCGAUGUCGGUCUCGUCGAGAAAGCCAUUCCCAGUGCCAUUAAAGCUUUUGAGGAGAAGACAUCUCACACCGGAACUCAAGUCUCGAUCGAUAAGGACAACUUCCUGCCCAAAGACUCGGCCGGCGGCGUGAUCAUUGUCAACAGCACCGGCAAAAUCGACGUCGACAACACCCUAGAAGAGCGUCUCAAGCUCUUAUCCGAGACCUCGCUGCCACAAAUCCGUCUGGCCCUGUUCGGCGCCUCGGCCUCCCGCAAGCACUUCGACUAA